UUUUGUACAUUAAAUAUUUCUUUAUCACACUUGUAACCUACAAUAUAAGAUGAUGACGCCUUUCUUGGAAUAAGGGGAAUUAGAGGCGCGUUUGCUGUCAUAUUUGUGCACUGUGGUUUGUAUAACACCCACAAUAGCGUUCUUUUAUGUAUAAGAACAGUGUUAAAAUGAGGAUUGGACGUCUGUAAUUACGGGUCAGGCUUUCUUUAUGUUCACACGCACAGGACUGUCCUCGGGUUUUCUGCGGGUGUACUCUACUGCGGACGAGCCCAGUAUCCUGAAGUACCGACGGGGGGAUGGGUGGCGGUACCGAUUGGUCGCUGAAAGACGGAGGCACAGACAGACAGGGCUUGUAUUAAAGCCGGGGGCAGGUCGACGGAAAGGGGGAAAAUCACCAUAUAUUUAAAAUGCAAUUGAUAAUGUGACGUGACAAGGUAACUUAAAACUUUUGCAGCACUUUGAUACUUCGCUAAAAGGGAACGAUUGUCCUGGAAAGUGAAGCACAUUAAUGCAUUUAUGUUUUGAAGUGAUAGCUUGUUGAAGUGGAGCGAGCAUGAGCGCAGGAUUCUGGCCUAGUGUUGCAGCCGCUGGGAUUUUGCAGAUCCGCUUUCACAAAUUCGAAAAAAAUCCCGUUAGAUGUCAAUUUUUGGUAUGGUUUCAGUUGUUUUUGUUGUGACCGACAUAUAAAUGGACGGAGCCAUGCCAGCAUGAAUCAGUCCUACGAGCUGACCAUCCGGGAUGCCCUGGAGUGCUGUUCCAGUCCUCUGGGGCUGCCGGACUCCGAAGGCCCUGCCUGUGGGACCCAGUAUGGCCCCGAGGCUGGGCUAGAUCUGUGUGCCCUGGAGCUGCCCGCUGUGCCCGCUGUACCCGCUGUGCCAGCCUACAGACCCGCGCCCAGCCUUGCGUACGGUCCGCAGGACUCGGCCUACUCUUACAGCCCCCUCCGCAGGCUGCAGGACCUCACCUCCAUGGUGAGUCUCCCGGACCUGGCUGGGCCGAACCUGGCUGUGCCGGACCCCCAGAAGGCCCUGAGGGGCGGGGCACGCACGGCCCGGGAUGAGCUCAGGUGUGCCCUCGCCUCACCUGGAGCGAGCCGCGGCGCGGCGGCCGCACGUCCCGGGGGUCAGGGCUUCUCCCUGCCCAGUCCGGACUACUCUGCGGAGUUCUGCAGUCCUGUCCCCAACGGCUACCUGCACUUUGAGUCCACUUUGUUUGAGAACGGGGAGCGGAAGGAGGAGCAGGAGGAAGAGGAAGAGGAGGAGGAGGAGGAUGGGGCAGCGCACUUUAAACACGGGCCGAAGAGAGACCGGAAGAGGAACGCGUUUAACGGAAGCGCCUCCAGCAGCUCCAGGGUGGACCGGCCUGCAGGUGCAGGGGAACGAGGUGUUCCCAGCCCGAUGGUGAGAGAGGUGGAGGAGCUGAGCGACCCAAAAGAGCGUUCCCCGUGCCCCGAAGGCCGGGGCGGGGGCUGGGCGGGGUCCUCGGAGGUUUCGGAUGAAGGUUCGAGCCACGACUACAAAGCACCCCCACUCGGGACGAGCCCUUCCGCAUUUGGGAAGGGUGCCUCUGGCUCCGACCCCUCCCACACCGGACCUGAACAGAGCACCAUCUCACCCGAUGGACAUCAUGCCAACACUCCUAACAGCCCAAAGAAGAAGCACCUUCCCCUGUCCAGGUACAGUGUGGGGGACCUGGUGUGGUCCAAGUUCAACCGUAGACCAUGGUGGCCCUGUCAGGUGACCAGCGACCCUCAGGAUGGAACUUACUUCAGAAUAAAAGACUCUAGCGACAGGCAUUGCCACCAGUACUUCAUCAGGACUUUUGGGGAAGUGGUGGAGCAGGCCUGGGUCCCUUUGAAAGCCACGCACACUUUUGAGGGCGGGUACCAGUUUGAAAACCUGCCAGUGCUGAGAAGGAGAGGACGGCAGAAGGAUGAAAACUACAGAUACUCGAUACCCAAGCGCUACACGGAGUCUUGGAAGGCCAGUGUGCUGGAGGCAGAAGCAGAGCUUCUGAAGAAGGUCCUUCUCAAUUCUCGUAUGGAAAAGAGCUGCUCUGAUAGGCCCAUAUCACAGGAAGAGGACAAGGCCUCAGAGGCACCUCCUUCUGUUGCCACAGUAACAGCUAAGUUGGAUCACCUGCCUGACAAAACGGAAAAGCUCUCCAAAAAGCCUUCCGGGACAAAGGAUACCAGUAAGAAUUGCCCACCGAUUAAAAAGAACUUGUCCAAGUCAACUGUCGCCAAAAAAACAUGUUCAUCAACCAAAAAAUUACCUAGAAAGGCAGGGGAGAUUGAAAGAGGUUAUGCAGACUCCCCAUACUCUGAUAUCGACUCUGUUCCAAGGAUUCUGUGUUCUAAAGCCUUUGAACAACCCUCCAGACUCAACCAAAGCCAGUGCCCCUUGCCUCCUGAUAGAGACGUGAGGAAGAAACCAGCACGUAAGAAUCUCGGAGGUCUGUGGUUUAACAGGGCUCAUGAAUCUUCCACUGAAGAUGCCAACGGUGCAGUCUCGGAUUCUGAGACGGACUUCUUUGGUGAGCUGAACUUCCCAAAGGUGAUCCAGGGAAUUCCCGGCUGCGAUCGUAAGGAGGACUCCAGGGCUCAGAGUCGUCCUCCAGAGGAGCAGCCAGCCUUAUCUCUCUCCGCCAGCAACCGCCUGAUGACCAGGGCCCUGAAAGCCAUGGAAGAGAGGAAUCUCAAAGAGAGGAUGAUGUCCACCAGAGCCUCUGGGUCCACACGGGAAAACGGUCUCGCUUCAGCCGAAUCGCCUCCUCCUCCUGAGCAGUCCGAGUCAGAGGGCGACAGCCGCGCACAGUUAAAAUCACCAGUGGCUGCCAGCCGUGACUCGAACCAUGAGAGGACGCCCUCACCUGCGCGCAACAGUCGCUCACUGAAAUUUGCAAGUAUGAAAACUAAGAGCUCCAAUGGCCCUCUGGUGAAAUCUGAAGAUGAGGGUUGUGUAAUAUCCCGUGAUUUUGUUCACCGCUCUCCCGCUCGGCUCACAAAGGAAGGCGGUGUGUCGGACUCUUGUUCCUCCCCAGUUCUGUCUCCAGUUGAGGUCUUCCAAGAAGGCAAGGAGAUAUCCUUUAAGUCCCUUCAGGGUGAAAAGGGUGACUCGGGUAAACCAGCUACCAUCCGGCCGGAUGCGAACUACAAGUUCAGUACCUUUCUGAUGCUGCUGAAGGACAUGCACGAUAGUCGUGAAAUGGAUGGGAAACCUUUGGCGCUGAUGCCAGGUCAGUCCAGUGCCCUCAUCAAAGAUGAACCGUCUCUGAUACCUCCUCAGCCAGGAGGAGAUUCAGGGAGUGGGGUUAAGGAUGCUAAUAGUCAUUAUGAGCAGAACUGGAUACCGGGCUCUGAGAAACAUGAUGAAGGGAAAGGCCAGGGGGCGGCUGUGACUGCACACUCUAAAUCCAAGCGAACGCGGGAGAGGCCAGACCGGCGGACAGGAGACUGCACCGCGGUCUCAGAAACCCAGAAACGCAAGCAGGCUGCAGAUGCAAUGCAGGGUUCUCAGAAGCGCUCCCGAAGGAGCCGCCCCUCGACAGCAGAGACGAACGCCGUCGAUGUGCCUUUGGGUCUGCCUGAGCACGCUUACAGGAGGGACCAUGUAACUGGUCACGGGGGAGCUCCAGAAUUAGGAUCCUCUCUCCGCUCUGGAGAAACGUCACAUGUUCAGGAGAGUUGCCCUGAUGGACACGCCCAGGGUAACCGCACCAGCGUGGCCCCGAAGAAGCGCUGGCAGAAUUUUGAGCCAGCCGCCGGGACGGCAGAGGCGGAGGAGUAUGGCGACCGUCCUGGGACAGGACGACCCGCCACCAAUGUGCCUUCAGAGCCAGGUGGGUUAUCCAGGGAUGGGACAGCUGCCGAAUCAGGACGAGGCAGGUCCUCUCAGCCAAAGAAGUGUGAGAACAAGCCGACUGGAAGCGUCGCUCCCGGAGUGACUGAGGGGAGAGAAGUCUCUUCAGUACAUUCAGAAAAUAAACGCCUUAGGAAACCCAGCAGAAGACUCAUAGAAUGGACUGAGGAAUACGAUCAGAUAUUUUCCCUGAUAAAGAAGCCGAAGCAGAGCCCUGCAGCAUCUGGAAAGGUGUCCCGGUCGAGUAGCACCCGAAGGGAACAGGGAGCAUCAGAGGAGAUGGCUCAGGACCGUGUGAGCUCACUUCUCAACCUGCAAACCCCGCCCCCUGAGGACCAGACUAAGACUCCUAUUGGAGAAACACCACCAAUCACAGAGCAAUCUGGACUACAGGAUAGUCAUGCUCCGCCCACAGACACUCUGACCCCGCCCCCAGAGACUGUUCCCUCCCCCUCAGAAGCGGGAUGCAUGACUGAUUUGGCCAAAAUACAAAACUCUACAGUAUCUGGCUCUGCGCAGGAGUCCCAGUGUCCCGUGGCGGCUGCCCCCUCCCCGUGUCCCGGGACACCCCCUGCGCCUGAGAGUGCACUGAGCCGGGAGCAGGACUCCGCCCCGCCAGGCUCCUCCAACCCAAAACUGCACCUGGAUGACAAGGGCCUGCUGGAGACAGAGGAAUGUGGCUCAGGAUACGAUGACAGCUCGUCAUCAACGAAGGAGGAGGCCUUGCCGGGUGAGGGGGAGCUCUCCGCCAAUAAGAGGCCGCCAGGAGAGAAAGGGGGCGUGGCUUCCAUGAAGGAGAACGUGUGCCAGGUGUGUGAGCAGACAGGUGAGCUGCUCCUGUGUGAGGGUCAGUGCUGCGGGGCGUUCCACCUGAGCUGCAUCGGGCUCUCCUGCCCCCCCCCGGGCCGCUUCCUGUGCCAGGAGUGCACCUCCGGUGUACACACGUGUUUCGUGUGUAAGAAGGUGGGACAGGAUGUGAGGCGCUGCAUGAUUCCUGUGUGCGGGAAGUUCUACCAUGGGGAGUGCAUCGCCAAACACGCCCCCACCACCCCGCUGGGCCGCGGCUUCCGCUGCUCCCUCCACGUCUGUCUGUCCUGCUACAUCGCCAACCCCGCCAACCCCUCCGUCUCCAAAGGGCGUCUGACGCGGUGUGUGCGGUGCCCAGUGGCGUAUCACGCCAACGAGUACUGCAUGCCGGCCGGCAGCGUGGUCCUGGCCAACAACAGCUUCCUGUGUCCCAACCACUUCACCCCCCGGCGCGGCUGUCGAAACCACGAGCACAUCAACGUCAGCUGGUGCUUCGUCUGCUCCGAAGGGGGCAGUCUCCUGUGCUGCGAGUCGUGUCCGGCCUCUUUUCACCAGGAGUGUCUGAAUAUGGACAUGCCCGAGGGCAGCUGGUACUGCAACGACUGUCGGGCGGGGAAGAGGCCGCACUACAAGGACCUGGUGUGGGUCAAAGUGCCACGCUACAGGUGGUGGCCUGCCGAGGUCAGCCACCCCAGAAAUGUUCCCGAUAACAUCCUGCGCAUGAAGCACGACGUGGGCGAGUUCCCGGUGCACUUCUUCGGCUCCAACGACUACCUGUGGACCUAUCAGGCGCGCGUCUUCCCCUACAUGGAGGGGGACACCAACAACAAGGACAAGAUGGGAAAGGGCGUGGACCCCACCUACAAGAAAGCUCUGCAAGAGGCUGCCAAGCGCUUUCUGGAGCUUCAGGCGGAGAAGGAGCUGAGGCAGCUCCAGGAAGACCAGAGGAACGUGAAGAAACCGCCCCCGUACAGACACAUAAAGGUGAACCGACCAAUCGGAAAGGUGCAGAUCAUCACAGCCGACCUAUCGGAGAUCCCGCGCUGCAACUGCAAGGCCUCGGACGAGAGCCCGUGCGGCGUGGACUCGGAGUGCCUGAACCGCAUGCUGCUGUACGAGUGCCACCCGCAGGUGUGCCCGGCCGGCACGCGCUGCCAGAACCAGGCCUUCGCCAAGCGCCAGUACACCCCGGUGGACAUCUUCCGCACGCUGGCGCGCGGCUGGGGCCUACGCAGCACCCACCACAUCAGAAAGGGGGAGUUUGUGAGCGAGUACGUGGGAGAGGUGAUCGAUGAGGAGGAGUGCCGGGCGAGGAUCAAAAACGCGCAAGAAAACGACAUCUGCAACUUCUACAUGCUGACCCUGGACAAGGACCGGGUCAUCGACGCCGGGCCCAAAGGGAACCAGGCCCGCUUCAUGAACCACAGCUGCCAGCCCAACUGCGAGACCCAGAAGUGGACGGUCAGCGGGGACACCAGGGUGGGGCUCUUCGCUCUCACCGACAUUCCCCCAGGCACAGAGCUCACCUUUAACUACAACCUGGAGUGUCUGGGCAGCGGCAAGACGGCGUGCAAAUGUGGCGCUCCAAACUGCAGCGGCUUCCUGGGAGUCCGGCCAAAGAACCCGCCCUCGUCGGAGGACAAGCUGAAGAAGAAGAAGGUUCUGGUGAAACGCAAAGCCCCGCUGGAGGUGGCUCGGCUGCGGGAGGACGAGUGCUUCAGCUGUGGGGACGGGGGCCAGCUGGUGUCCUGCAAGAAGCCCGGAUGCCCAAAGGUGUACCACGCAGACUGCCUGAACCUGAGCAAGCGGCCCGCAGGUCGCUGGGAGUGUCCGUGGCACCAGUGUGACGCGUGUGGGGGGGCGGCGGCCUCCUUCUGUGAGAUGUGUCCCAGCUCCUUCUGCCCCCAGCACCAGGACGGGCAGCUCUUCUUCUCCAAGCUGGACGGGCGUCUGUCCUGCAGCGAGCACGACCCCUGUGGCCCCCACCCCCUGGAGCCCGGGGAGAUCCGAGAGUACCAGCCCGACCCCGCCCUGCCCACGCCCCCCCCAGGCCUCCCCAGGGAGAUCCGAGAGUACCAGCCCAACCCCGCCCUGCCCACGCCCCCCCCAGACCUCCACUCCACCCGCUCACCCUCCAGGAGCCCCCACGGGUCCCACACUGCAGACAGACCCCCCCACUCUCCCACCUCCUGUAAGGAUGUCAAGGAAGAAGAGGAGGAUGACGAGGAACACGGAGAGGAGGAAGAGGAGCAUGAUGAUGAAUGCGGAGAGGAGGAGGAAGAGGAG